CAUCACUCAUGUAUUGUAAAUUGAUGCAAGAUAUUGAUAUACGAAGCAUAUAUUAAUUCUUUAUACUACUUUUCUCUUUAUAUUCUCUCUAUCUUUUAACACUCCCACAUUUUUUGAACAUUUUUCUUGUGAUGCACCCCACAUGUACUUAAAAAUAAUAUAAAAAAAUUACAUUUAUAUUCAGGAGAAGAAAAGGGGAAAAUGGCAGUAGUAGCAUUUGUCAAGAGCUUCUCAUCCCUGAAGGACCCAUCGGAUUUGCGGAUCCUAACUGGAACUGCAACUACCCAUCACAUUCAAUAUCUUUCCAAUUGUAUUUUCUCCAACAAAUUCAUCAUUUUAAGGGCUGCAAACACCAAUUCAAUCAGUGUAAGACGUAAGAAGACGACAGUAUCAGCUGCAAUCAUGUUGCCGAACAAUCCAAUUGCAAGUGAUAUUUGCGCAACUCUUAUAUCAGGAGCUAUUGCAAGUGCUACUAUCUUGGUUUUUGAAUUGACUGCUAAGUAUCAAAUCUUCGACUCGAAACUGAACAGAAAACUCGUUCAUACCAGCAUUGGGCUAGUUUUCAUGCUUUGUUGGCCCUUAUUCAGCUCUGGGUAUCGCGGUGCGGUUUUAGCUAGUCUGGUUCCUGGAGUCAACAUAAUACGCGUGCUUCUUAUUGGACUGGGUAUUUAUAAGGAUGAUGCCAUUGUCAAGUCAAUGAGCAGAUUUGGCGAUCACAGGGAACUUCUCAAGGGACCUCUUUACUAUGCUUCAACAAUCACUUUUGCUUGUAUAGUGUUCUGGAGGACUUCCCCAAUUGGGAUGGCAGCCAUAUCUAACCUAUGUGCCGGAGAUGGCUUGGCUGACAUUGUUGGGAGAAGAUUAGGCAAGCAUAAACUUCCUUACAAUCAAAACAAGUCAUAUGCUGGUACCAUUGCAAUGGCCAUUGCUGGUUUUGUGGCCUCCGUUGGGUACAUGCACUAUUUUUCUAUGUUUGGAUUCAUUGAAGAAAGUUCAGAUUUGGUGUUGCGUUUCUUGAUCGUGUCCCUUAUUAGUGCACUUGUGGAGUCGCUGCCUAUAAGCACAGAGCUUGACGAUAAUCUAACUGUUCCACUUGCGUCAUUUUUGGCUGGUGGCUUCUUAUUUUGACAUCGAAAACGUUCUUAGUAUGUAGUGUACAACUGCAAUCGACAAAACUUGUACUACGUCUUCAUCUUGUAUCUUUCCGUGAUUAAAUUUAAUCCCAAUCCAUUCGAGCUAUGUGUAUACUACUGUAACAUGCCAAGAUCUAAUUUUAUUAGAUAUGUUUGGUGUCAAUGCUAGAUUAAAAAUUCGUAGAAGGGGCCAAACGUAAUUGUUGUAUGUAGGAAACUUUUUUGUGCAAUGCUUUGUGUACCUAGAAGUAUGAAUUCUUUAUGCUUAACCUAUCUUUUUAUC